AUGCCUGACCCGGCCAAGUCAGUCCCUGCCCCGAAAAAGGGCUCGAAAAAGGCGGUGACUAAGGCGCAGAAGAAAGACGGCAAGAAGCGUAAGCGUAGCCGCAAGGAGAGCUAUUCCAUAUACGUGUACAAGGUACUGAAGCAGGUCCACCCCGAUACCGGCAUCUCAUCCAAGGCCAUGGGCAUCAUGAACUCCUUCGUGAAUGACAUCUUUGAACGCAUCGCUGGUGAAGCAUCACGCCUGGCGCAUUAUAACAAGCGCUCUACCAUCACAUCUCGGGAGAUCCAGACAGCCGUGCGCCUGCUGCUGCCUGGAGAACUGGCCAAGCACGCCGUUUCUGAGGGCACCAAAGCCGUCACCAAGUACACCAGCGCCAAGUGA